CCAGAGCCAGUAAAGCCCCCCCUCUCUCCUCUCCUCUCCUCUCCACACUUCGAGGAAACGUCCAAGCAGUUCCUCGUUAGGAGGCUAAACGCGAUUAGGAGGCAGCGAAUCGUUUACUAAUAGCCCAGUUAGAGUCGGAUCUGAGCAAUGGGGGAGGAGCAGGUGACGCCGAGGCCGGAGGCCGCGGCGGCGGCGGAGCUGACGGGGUUCGUCAUGAGCGCCGAGGAGGCCGAGCGCGCCGCGGCGGCGGCCGGCGUGGCCACCGUGCAGGACCUGCUGCCGCUGCUGGUGCCGUCCGCGAUGAAGCGGGCGAUCGUCCCGAUCUCGCGGUUCCCCGUCGGCGCCGUGGGGCUGGGCGCCAGCGGCCGCGUCUACGUCGGGGUCAACCUCGAGUUCCGCGGCCUCCCGCUGUGCCACUCCGUCCACGCGGAGCAGUUCCUCGUCGCCAACGCGGCCGCCGCGGGGGAGUCCGCGCUGCGCGCCGUCGCAGUCUCCCACAUGCCCUGCGGCCACUGCCGCCAGUUCCUCCAGGAGAUCCGCGGCGCCUCCGGCAUCCAGAUCCUCGUGACCACCGACGCCGAGGAAGGCUGCGCGCCCGAGUGGCGCACGGUGGCGUCCCUCCUCCUCCGCCCCUUCGGGCCCCACGACCUCCUCCCCGAGGACGUGCCCCUCGUCCUCGAGCCCCACGACAACACCCUGGGCGACCCCGUCCCCGCGGUCGCCAAUGGCUUCGCCGCCGGCGACCUGGAGGCGCGCCUGAGGGAGGCAGCGGAGGCGGCCGCGCGGGCGUCGCACGCGCCGUACAGCGAGUGCCCGUCGGGGUUCGCGGUGGCGGACGGCGACGGCAGGAUCUACGCCGGGGGCUGCCUGGAGUCCGCUGCCUACAACCCGACGUUGGGCCCCGUACAGGCGGCCAUCAUUGCGAUGGUGGCAGCUGGAGGCGGCCCCGCCGGGGACGUGGUGGCGGCGGCGCUCGUGGAGAAGGAGCGGGCGGCGGUGGCGCAGGAGACGACGGCCAGGACCUUCCUGGACGCCGUGGCCCCACAUGCCAGCCUCCACGUGUACAAAUACAGGCCGUCCGAUGCGUGAUGAGCCCCGUCGGGACCUUGUGGCGGUGGGGAGGGCAGGACGUGAGAUGUGAUCGAGAUAAUGUUCAUAAAAAAUGAUUUAAGAAUAAGAUGAGAAAGAAAUCCUGUGCAGUUGGGUGAGCUGUUACUCCCACAUGGCGCUGGGCUAUUGGCUAGCAGGCCUGGGAGCUGGGGCCUACUUGCUCAGAGUGAUUAGUGUGUUCUUCUAUUGUCAUGUGUGUUAUUGAAAAAAAUAAACAAUGAAAUGGAAGAUGAAAUAGUCGUAUUAAAUAAA